AUGUUAACAAAAAUGAACAUUACCGAUGAUACGAAGCAUCAGCAAAUUGUUAGAAAAUUAACAGGUGCCGCAAGGGAAUGGUACAAUAAUCAUCAAGACGAAUGUUCAGAUUCUGUGUCAUUAAUACAUGAAUUGAAAACAACGUUUUCAUCAUUAAUCAGAGACGAGAUGGCAUUUCAAAGAUUACCAUGCCAACAAAGUCACAGUGAAACAAUCAUAGAUUAUUAUAAUCAUGUUUUAGGAUUAUGUCAACAAGCUGACCCAAAUAUGAGUGAUGAAUCAACAGUUAAAUAUUUAAAACAAGGUGUUAAACCAUCAUUUCGUGAAAAACUUUUGGAUCAAAAUCCAACAACACCCAAAGAAUUUCUUCGAAUCGCGCGUCGAAUUAGGUCGACCUAG